AUUGAAUCUUUUGAACCUGUAUACAUUAUUUAUUGCACUAUUUUGGAAGCAAGAAGACUUGAAAAGGGAAUUACAUACCAUACUAUUGGAGGAUCCGUGCAACACAACAACAUCGUCAAUAACGAUGCCUUCUGUGGAUUCUAUGAACUGUAGCAUUCAGCCAGAAACACUAGAUUCUAGUUUAUGUUGGGAAACUAUGAUAGGUCAAGAAGUAUUUAAGCUAACAGUAAUGGACCUUGUAUUUGUUAUUGGUACCAUUGUAAUACAAGAAUUUCUAAGAGGACUUUUUGUCAGAUACUUUAAUCCAGUUUGUUGCUGGGACAUGGAACAAUCAUUUCCGGAGUAUGCUGAUUUUCAUACUGCAGAAAACAUACUACACUUGAUAAGUAACCAGGGUGUUAUAUGGCUAGGGACAUUUUUCGCGCCAGGUCUGCCAUUACUGAACCUGGCAAAAUUAUUUAUCUUGUUUUAUUUACGUUCCUGGGCUGUAAUGGUAUGUAAUGUUCCACAGGAGGGCAUAUUUAAGGCAUCACGAUCAAACAACUUUUAUUACGCAUUAUUACUAGUCAUGUUGUUCUUGUCGAUGUUGCCACCAUUGUUUGCCAUUGUGGCUAUAGAACCAUCACCACACUGUGGACCAUUCAGUGGACAAAAGAAAAUGUUUGAAGUGAUAAGCAAUGCCAUUGAUGAUGAAUUGCCAUCUAGCAUGACAGCUGGUAUAAACUAUGCAGCGUCUCCUGGUGUGAUCAUUCCAUUACUGAUGCUGUUGGGAAUGGCGAUUUACUACCUAGUAAGCGUAAAUAAAGGUCUUAAAGAGUCAAACAAGGGACUUAGGAAAGAAUUACAAUAUGAAAGGACAGAAGGAAAGCAGAAAAUAUAUGCAAUGGCGAAUGUGAAAAGAGACUUAGAAUCUGGACAACUUAAAGGGUGUGAAAAUCGAGAAAAGAAAGAUACGAAGAUGCCUAGUACAGCAUAUUCAGUAAUUGCAGCGAAGAGAAUAGCAAAACUUCUCAAUGCUAACAAAGAUGCAGCGAGGACGAAAUUGAAACCGCACCAGCCUAGUCAUGUUGUUUAAAUAAUAAAUCAUGGUAUUCAUUCCGCAAACAGAUGUUAAAUAAGAGUAUUUGAUUAUUAAAUAAAAAGACUCAUUGGAUGGACAAUUCAUGAAAAACUACAACUGUUUAACAAGGAAAAAAACAUUUUUGUCUAUGUCUUAACAGGUAUGACAUAUCAAUAUUUGGUUUUGGUUUUAGAAAACUAGCAAUAGGUAGUGUAAGAUUAAAGUAAGCAAAAACAGAAUCUUCACUGAAUUUUAAUGAUAAACUGAAUAAAUGUCAAAAUCCAAUGUAUGUAAUCAUGGUAUCAUACAUUUUCGUCAACUGUCUCACUGAUUAUAUUGCGGUUUUUUCCU